AUGAAUGAGAAGCUGUGGCCCCCACCGGAGAGCCCCCAGCCCCCCGGACAGCCCGUGGGCAGCCUGCUGAGCUUGUCCAAGUCCUUCAAGGUUCCGGUUCGCGCCCACUGCAGAAUUUCCCUGUCUGGACUAGCGCCCGCCGGGCUCUGCGGGGCCAAGGCCAGGGAACAAGGCGCCAUCGGGAGCCUGGGGCGAGCAGGCUCCAGCACCUGUAGCGGGGCGCGGGGCCGGUCGGGGCCGGGGCGCCUUUCCUCCCGCUGCGAGGCCCGCCCGGCGCUGCCGGCACGCCCGGAUCGGCAGCUGCGGGCGGCAGCCCCGAAUCCAGCAUCUCUCCCCAGUCCCCUGGCCUUCGCCUGCUCGCCAAGGCUCUGCCCCCUGUCCUUUGGCGAAGGAGUGGAGUUUGACCCCUUACCACCGACAGAAGUAAGGUACACUUCCUCGGUCAAGUACGACUCAGAGAGGCACUUCAUUGACGAUGUCCACCUGCCCCUGGGCCUGGCAGUGACCUCCUGCAGCCAGACAGUCACCUGCAUCCCCAACUGCACGUGGCGCAACUAUAAGGCCGAGGUGCGCUUCGAACCCCGCCACAAGCCCACCCGCUUCCUCAGCACCACCAUCGUCUACCCCAAGUACCCCAAGACCGUCUACACCACCACUCUGGAUUACAACUGCCGCAAGACACUGAGGAGAUUCCUGUCCAGCGUGGAGCUCGAAGCCACAGAGCUCCUGGGCAGUGAUUGCCUCUCGGACGAGUGCUGACUCAAGGCUGGGUGGGGUUGGACCAGCUCCUCCCUUGCCCUCGAGUGUGGCUCGUGGCUCGUGCCCCAGAGGAGUCUGACCUAGAGACACCUCUAAGCCCAGCCCGGGGAAGGAAGAAAAUGUCACGGCAUCGUAUUAGAACCAUUGAGAGAAUUUGGUUCAUAUUAAUGGUCAAAUUGUUUUCAAAAGGAGUAUAUUGUUAGUUUGCUGCUGCCUGGUUUCCCCAAAGUCUCCAUCUGAUGAGAAAACAGGAAGCCAACUGAAGCAAAAGGAAAACGGCCCCAGUUUGAAAUAGGGAGGGAGGAGCGAGCUCUUCUUCUAUUGGUCAGCUGGCCUGAGGAAGACCCUGGAGAAAGUCU